AUGAGUGAGUUUAGACUGCGUCCUUGUGAGCAUGACUGUAAUAGAACUUUGGAAAGUAGAUUGGUAAAGGGCAUUUCUGGGUUUUUGGAAUAGUUAAUAGAAUAAUCUGAGGGUUUGGAUGUGAAGGACUCUUUGUUUCAUUCUCAAAAAGUACCCAGCAUUACUUUGGAGAAUUAUAUGAGCCGAAUCCUGAGAUAUACAAAGUGCAGUGAGGAAUGCCUCAUAAUUGCCUUUAUAUACUUAGGUAGAAUUUAAGAGUUAAAUUAAGAAUUAUAAUUAAACAGGUAAAGUGCACAUAGGUAAUUUAAAAUAUUGAAAUUUAGAUUGUUACUUAUUGCUAUUGUUUUGGCGAUCAAAUACCAGGACGAUGACAUUUUUAAGAAUGAGUACUAUGCUAAGGUUGGAGGGAUCACAAUGUGGGAGUUGAAUGAUAUGGAAGAGUAAUUCUUGGAAUUGUUGGACUAUAAAUUGUUUGUCCAACAGGAUCUCUACUACUAGAAUUUAAAAAAAAUAAAAUAGUUUUCUAGAAAAUGA